AUGUUUUGCGCAAAAUUAAAGGAACUUAAAUUAUCUGGAGAGUGUCCGUUUUCUAUGGUCGUUCAAAAUGAAGAGCCACGGGAAUUUGAAGAUUGCCCAAGCGGCCGCGCAACCUAUGAAUUGCCCAUUUCCAAAGAUGUCCCUGGACACGUUUUACCAGCCAUGCAUCCUCAAUGGAAAACAAGCAAGAGUAAAGUUAACCUGCACACACUCGGAGAGAGCAUACGAAAAUUAGUAUGUCCGGAGUUACAUAGAUUACAGAAUGCUUUCCAGAGUGUGGUCCAACAGCACAAGGCAGAUGCUCCCUGCCCAGGUGUAUGUUACAAUGAUGUUGGCCAAACCAGGAGAUUGGAUAAGCCAGAGCACCUAGAGGAUAUCAUGAAGAACUUCUCGGUCAAAACAGGUGUUCAUAUGGACAUGUUGAAAGUAUCCUUGGGCAUUGAAGUGUUCCGAAGCUGCUAUGAGGAGGAUGGCCACAUUUUAGGAGUGGUGGGGGGAGCCCUGCACGACUUCCUGAACAGUUUCAAUGUGCUUUUAAAGCAAAGCACGCCACCCACUCCUGAGGCCAGGAGACACAUUAACGAGGCCUCCGUGCUCUGCCUGGACAAAGACCCAGGGCUGCUCACCGUCUACUACUUCAAUCCCCACCCCACCACAGAGCUCUUCUUUCCGGGCAUCGUCACGGCAGCUGCUGCGGUGCUCUAUCGCAUGCAUGUGGAGGUCAGGAUGGACCCCGGAGCCAAAGAGAGUGCACUGGAGGCCAGCCACCAGCCCCACCUGCUGUACUCCGUUGUGAUGCGGGAUGCGAAGAGCCUGACGCCCAGCCCCAUGCGCACACUUUCCAGCGGAGACAUUCCACUGUCGCUGCUCUACGCCACCUUCCCUUUCCACGUCAUGCUGGACCAGGAGAUGGGGCUGAUUCAGAUUGGCGAUGGGCUGAGGCGAAGGCUGCCUCGUCGGGAUGCUCAGAGGAGGCCGAGAUUCGAGGAGCAUUUUGACAUUGUCAGCCCCGAAAUCUGCUGCACCUUUCAGGGCAUCCUCACCAUGCUCAACACCCAGUUUGUGCUGCGAAUGAAAGCAGGGGUGUGGACAGUGGAGAGCUCUGCGAAGCUCAUGGAUCUGAAGGGCCAAAUGAUUUUCAUGUCCGAGAUGAACGCCAUCCUCUUCUUGGGCUCCCCCUGCGUUGACAAGUUGGACGAGCUCAUGGGCCGUGGCCUGUACCUGGCAGACAUCCCCAUCCACAACGCCCUGCGUGACGUGGUGCUGGUAGGGGAGCAGGCCAAAGCCCAGGACGGCCUGAAGAAGCGGCUGGGCAAGGCCAAGGGGGCCCUGGAGCUGGCCCAUCAGGCCCUGGAGGAGGAGAAGAGGCGCACCGUGGAGCUGCUCUUCACCAUCUUCCCUGGCAACGUGGCACAGCGGCUGUGGCAGGGGCUCCCGGUGCAGGCCAAGAAGUUUGACAAUGUGACCAUGUUGUUCUCCGACAUCGUGGGCUUCACCGCCAUCUGCUCCAGAUGCACGCCCAUGCAGGUGGUGGCCAUGUUAGGGGAGCUGUACACGCGUUUCGAUCACCACUGUGGUGAGCUGGAUGUGUAUAAGGUGGAGACCAUAGGAGAUGCCUACUGUGUGGCCGGGGGUUUACAUAAGGAGAGCGAGACCCACGCUGUCCAGAUUGCUCUCAUGGCCUUAAAAAUGAUGGAACUAUCAGAUGAGGUCACGACCCCCACAGGAGACGUCAUUAGGAUGCGCAUUGGCAUUCAUUCAGGAUCUGUUCUGGCUGGUGUGGUUGGUGUGAGAAUGCCUCGCUACUGCUUGUUUGGUAACAACGUGACUCUUGCAAACAAAUUUGAGUCCUGUAGCCAGCCACGAAGAAUAAAUGUCAGCCCAACCUCGUACAGGUUGUUGAAAGAUCGUCCAGAGUUUACCUUCAUACCACGGAGCAGAGAGGAGCUUCCGCCCGACUUCCCCUCUGAGAUCCCUGGUGUUUGUUACUUCCUUGAGGCGGUUGAUCAAAGGAGCAGCAGUGACUCCAACACAGAUGGGCUGCUGGCUGGCCAUUCAAGUGCUACGCCUAAACACACAUAAAUAUCAUUGGGACUGUGAACACGCAGAACACUGUGCCGACACCAGAAAUUCUGUAUUUGCCAUUCGCUGUACAUCCCAUUGAUGCACACAUAGCAGCCAUUUCAGCAAUAGGACUACCUAAGAUUGUCAAAAAACAACUUGCUCUAUUUUCACAGUGCACUAUUUAAUUUGCUUUGUAAGUAAAUAUACAGUAAUACUUGUAGACACUUCUUUUUAUAGCACACAAUUGAUAGAGAGCUAUACUACAGUUGCAAUUUCACAUCUUAGAUCAUAAUCGAUGUGCAGGUGUUGUACAAUAACAUCAUUUAUGAUUUCAAUGCUUUUGUAU